AUGGUGGAAAACCCCAGCCUGGCAGCCAAACCCGCUUUGCCGGCCGCCCCGCCGCGGGGGCCGGGGGCCGCGGCGGGGCUGCGUUUGGCAGCGGUGAUGGAGAGCCUGCAGCGCCAGCAGGCAGCCCGCCUGGCCCGCGGCCCCGACGCCGCGCCCCGAUGGCCCCCGGCCGAUCCUGGCCCCGGCCCCGCGCUGCCACCCACCGCCCCCCGCCGCCGCCUGGCCCCCAGCCCCCACCCGCCGCCCGCCACCGCCGCGGCGAGGGGGCAGGAGGACGAGGAGGAGGAGGAGGAAGAAGAGGAGGAGGAGGAGGAGGAAGGGGAGCCUCGCAAACCAGAGCCCCGCGACCCGCCACCCCCCCAGCACCAUGAGUGGACCUACGAGGAGCAGUUCAAGCAGCUCUAUGAACUGGAUGAGGACCCAAAACGCAAGGAGUUCCUGGAUGACCUCUUUGGUUUCAUGCAGAAGAGAGGUACACCCGUGAACCGCAUCCCCAUCAUGGCCAAGCAAGUGCUGGACCUGUACACGCUGUACCGACUGGUGACGGACAAGGGUGGCCUGGUCGAAGUCAUCAACAAGAAGAUCUGGCGGGAAAUCACCAAGGGCCUCAACCUACCUACCUCCAUCACCAGCGCUGCCUUCACUCUCCGCACACAAUACAUGAAGUACCUGUAUCCCUACGAGUGUGAGAAGCAGGCGCUCAGCUCUCCCGGGGAGCUGCAGGCUGCUAUUGACAGCAACCGUCGGGAGGGGAGGAGGCAGACCUUCGGCACCGCGCUCUUCAGCUGCUCACCGGCUGGCACCCCAGCCCUGCUGGCUUCCCCCAAAAUGCCUCUGCCAGCUCUCAGCAUCUCCACGCACGGCUGCGGGCAGCUCAGCCAAGCGUGUGCCGUUAAGAAAGAGGACAGCAUGCCGACAGCAGCAGUGACAGGGCGCAUUGGCAUCCCGGUGGGGCUGACCAGCCACCAUCUCAUAGUAGCCCAAGCAGCAACUGCCUCGCAGAGGGUGAUGCUGGAGCAGCUGCGGGAGAAGCUGGAGAUGGGGGAGCCCCCAGAGAAGAAGAUGGCCCUGUCAGCAGAGGACCAGGAGCGGCUGGUGCAACACACGCUGCAGCACAACCUCCUGGCCAUGGCCUCCCCGUUCCCCAUGAACAUCAAAAUCUCCAACCGAGAUGACAGACAGGAGACCGCAUUGAACCUGUCCACCAACGGCAUUAGCAGUAUCAACAUGUCAAUAGAAAUAAAUGGAGUUGUCUACACAGGCAUCCUGUUUGCGCACCGACCCCCGGCCCCUCCAGCACCAAGUGGGAGCACCCAGAGCUGGCCAAACCUCGUGCCUGCCCCAAACCCACUGCUCCCAGCCCCCUCACACAGCCACACUCCCACCAGCACCUCACCAUAG